CUAAAUAUGAACUUCCUAAGCAUCGAAUUUCGUAAUAGGAGUAUGAAAAAUGGUUAGGAGAUGUGAAAAUGCCGUCCGCGGGGAGAUCUUUAGCCAUGCACAGAUAAUCUAUUGCAACAUUGGGAAUCCCCAAGCUCGCGAUCGGCAGCCAAUCACGUUCUUCCGCGAGGUUCUUGCUUUAUGCGACUAUCCGGCUCUUUCGGACACUGAUAAGACCUCUGCAUUGUUCAGCUCAGAUGCCAAAGCUAGAGCCUGGCAGAUUCUGGACCUGAUUCCUGGGAGAGCUACCAGUGCAUACAGUCAUAGUCAGGGCAUCAAAGGUUUGUGCGAAGCGAUCGCAGCUGAAAUCGCCGCUCGUGACGGUUUUCCGUCUGACGCAGAUGACAUCUUCUUGACAGACGGAAAAGUAGAUGUUAUAGUUCAUAAUUUUUCAACAAUUGGUUUUGAUGCCCCCAGUUCUAAGUCAACUACGAUUCUUUGGAAAAGUAGAUGUUAUAGUUCAUAAUUUUUUUAAAAAAUACAGUGAAAAGCAAAGAUGACUUUUUGAUUUUAAAAGCAAUGGUUUCAAUUUGAAACUUUUA